UAUCUGAAUGACCUGGAUAGGAUAGCCCACGGAGCGUACGUGCCCACCCAGCAGGAUGUGCUGAGGACCAGGGUGAAGACCACCGGCAUUGUGGAGACGCACUUCACCUUCAAAGACCUCCACUUCAAGUGAGACAGUCCCCAGUGUACCCACUCUAAGGGUCUAUCUCAAUAGUCUAAGCCAACUGGGACACCCAUUGGGUGUGAGUCACCCUCUAGUCUAGAGAGGGUUCAGGGCUGAAGUUUACUGGCUGUAGUGUUUAUGAGUAGUGUGAUGGUUUGUGAGAGAUGGCAAAAUGUAAAUGUUUAAUGUAGAUACAGUGGGGAGAACAAGUAUUUGAUACACUGCCGAUUUUGCAGGUUUUCCUACUUACAAAGCAUGUAGAGGUCUGUAAUUUUUAUCAUAGGUACACUUCAACUGUGAGAGACGAAAUCUAAAACAAAAAUCCAGAAAAUCACAUUGUAUGAUUUUUAAGUAAUUAAUUUGCAUUUUAUUGCAUGACAUAAGUAUUUGAUCACCUACCAACCAGUAAGAAUUCCGGCUCUCACAGACCUGUUAGUUUUCUUUAAGAAGCCCUCCCGUUCUCCACUCAUUACCUGUAUUAACUGCACCUGUUUGAACUUGUUACCUGUAUAAAAGACACCUGUCCACACACUCAAUCAAACAGACUCCAACCUCUCCACAAUGGCCAAGACCAGAGAGCUGUGUAAGGACAUCAGGGAUAAAAGUGUAGACCUGCACAAGGCUGGGAUGGGCUACAGGACAAUAGGCAAGCAGCUUGGUGAGAAGGCAACAACUGUUGGCGCAAUUAUUAGAAAAUGGAAGAAGUUCAAGAUGACGGUCAAUCACCCUCGGUCUGGGGCUCCAUGCAAGAUCUCACCUCGUGGGGCAUCAAUGAUCAUGAGGAAGGUGAGGGAUCAGCCCAGAACUACACGGCAGGACCUGGUCAAUGACCUGAAGAGAGCUGGGACCACAGUCUCAAAGAAAACCAUUAGUAACACACUACGCCGUCAUGGAUUAAAAUCCUGCAGCGCACGCAAGGUCCCCCUGCUCAAGCCAGCGCAUGUCCAGGCCCGUCUGAAGUUUGCCAAUGACCAUCUGGAUGAUCCAAAGGAGGGAUGGGAGAAGGUCAUGUGGUCUGAUGAGACAAAAAUAGAGCUUUUUGGUCUAAACUCCACUCGCUGUGUUUGGAUGAAGAAGAAGGAUGAGUACAACCCCAAGAACACCAUCCCAACCGUGAAGCAUGGAGGUGGAAACAUCAUUCUUUGGGGAUGCUUUUCUGCAAAUGAAUUACUUAAUCAUACAAUGUGAUUUUCUGGAUUUUUGUUUUAGAUUCCGUCUCUCACAGUUGAAGUGUACCUAUGAUAAAAAUUACAGACCUCUACAUGCUUUGUAAGUAGGAAAACCUGCAAAUUCGGCAGUGUAUCAAAUACUUGUUCUCCCCACUGUAUGUUUGAAAAUACUUUGAGAGUUUUCAAGUGUGUGUUUGCGCAUACAUACUAACAGUCUGUAUUUGUAUUUUCUCCCCAGGAUGUUUGACGUGGGGGGUCAGAGGUCUGAGAGGAAGAAGUGGAUCCACUGCUUUGAGGGAGUCACCGCCAUCAUCUUCUGUGUGGCGCUCAGUGACUACGACCUGGUGCUGGCCGAGGACGAGGAGAUGGUGAGAUUCAUCCCUCCCUCACCCUCAUUCUAUCUCUGCUCAUCAGUCAUUGUUAUCGUACACUCUCCCUCUGUCAUCCUUGUCCCUUGUUCAUUCUCAUCCUUUCCUCAUCCCCGUCCUCCAAUCUUUCUCAUGCUUCGCACAUUUAUUGUCAUCCCUUACUGGUGGGUAGGAGCGUUGGGCCAUUAACCGUAAGGUUGCUGGAUCGAAUCCCCGAGCUGACAAGGUAAAAAUCUGUAAUUCUGCCCCUGAGCAAGGCAGUUAACCCACUGUUCCCUGGGCGCCAAUGACGUGGAUGUCAAUUAAGGCAGCCCCCCGCACCGCUCUGAUUCAGAGGGGUUUGGUUAAAUGCAGAAGACACAUUUCAGUUGAAUGCAUUCAGUUCUACAACUGACUAGGUAUCACCCUUUCCCUUUCCUUGUGAUCUCUUGUUCUUUCUCGUAUAAAACAAGUGUACAUUUAUUCACAUGGAUUGAGUUUCACAUUUUCCGCCCCUAUUGCAUCAGAAAGACAAACUACAUAACCGUAGCAACUGUUGUGAUAUUAUAUUUACCCCUAUUAUAUGGGUUUCUAAAAACCUGUGCUGUGUGUUUUUUUUGUUUGUUUUUUAUAAUGUACGUGUAUGUUACCCGCAACCGGAUGAAUUUCCCUUCUUGGGAGAAUGGGACUAGCCUAGGGUUGGGCGGUAUCCAGAUGUUCAUAUCUUCAUACUGUCCUUCUCUCUUCUGGGAUUUACGGUAUUACGGUCUUAGUACACAAGAGGCCGCUAAAAACGGGUAAAAGCCCAUUGGGCGUCUAUUACCAGAAUGCUAACAAAAUUAGCACAAGUACUAGCGAGUUUCUAUAGAGGCUGCUAGCUAAAUAUGCAAACGAGCACAAAUUGAAUAAAACUAAUUGCAAAGACAGGCAAUCCAGCUCAUAAAGUUAUACAAGUAUAGGUAGUAGCUACCGAAUGUCAUUUCGGGUGAGUUUGGACAAUUUACAAGCAAAUGUGAAUGGGACACAUUGAAAAUGAAAGUUGAGGCAUGCUUGUCUAAAGGAAGAACAGCACUGCCUCUGGAGCAGCAUGUGUACACGCUGUGUCUGUGUGGAGUCUGGAGUCGCUAGGGCAACGGGCCUGCCUGCUCUGCUCGGAGAAGAAGGGGAAGAACAGACUGAGGGGCCGAGAUCAGAGAGGAGAAAAAAACGCAAGGAAAUCAAGAAAGCAGUGGCAGCUGUACAGAUAACUCAUCCAAAGCGCUUUGACUACUCAAACACUGCAGAAAGGUAACACUAUAUGAUGCGCCUUAUUAAUUCAGCUACUUACUUAGCGAACUAGCAAGUUAAACCAAAUACACAGCUGGACUCGGCAGCUUCUGCUUUCUCUCAUUGUGCUAUUUACAAACAAACACGUGACUGGCUCAACUGUUCUGGGGAACUAUGAUAAGCUUCAUAAUGUAAAAUAAUCUCCUAAUUUAUUGCACAAGUUGACUGCGGGUAUUAACUUAAAAAGUAGCUAAAAAUGUAUUAAUAAACUUCAAAUAAAUUAUUUUUGGGAGGGGAAAAAAUGCUGUGGCUAUUUCCAAAUACCCCCGUAUAUGAUAUAUAUACGGUACACCGUCCAAGCCUAGACUAGCCUGCCUGGUCCCAGAUCAGUUUGUGCUGUCUUGCCAAUACAAUGGUCAUUCUCACGGCAAGACGGCUCAAACAGAUCUGGGACCAGGCUAUAAUGGGACCACUGGACAUGUGUAACUAAAGCAUUGUGUGGUUGUCUUUCUGUCCCUCAGAACCGAAUGCAUGAGAGCAUGAAGCUGUUUGACUCCAUCUGCAACAACAAGUGGUUCACAGACACCUCCAUCAUCCUCUUCCUCAACAAGAAGGAUCUGUUCGAGGAGAAGAUCAAGAAGAGUCCUCUCACUAUCUGUUACCCGGAGUACGCAGGUAAGAGACACACACACACACACACACACACACACACACACACACACACACACACCAUCUGUUACCCUAUCUACAAAUCAUCUUGAAUUCCAGAUUCUGGUGAAUCUGAAGCCUUGCUCAGGUCGAUCCACUCGAACGCACAGCGCGUUCCAGGUUGUCUUAAUACCAGCAGUCGCGUUGUGCAGAUUAUCAGAUCUCGCAACACCUGGAAAAGUGUUUAACAUCUCAGGAACUCAUAAUGGUGAAGGAAAAACAAACAGUCCAUCCCUAAAAGACCUAAUCUUAUGAGUAUGUCUCUUUCACCCUCUCUCUCUAUCUCUAUCUCUAUCUCUCUCAGGCUCCAACACGUACGAGGAGGCGGCGGCCUACAUCCAGUGUCAGUUUGAGGACCUGAACAAGAGGAAGGACACCAAGGAGAUCUACACCCACUUCACCUGCGCCACCGACACCAAGAAUGUGCAGUUUGUCUUCGACGCAGUCACC